AUGGCGUCUUCACCCCUCGUAAUGCCAUAUUACCCUGGGUUCAUUACCGUUGGCUGUUCUGGAAUAAUCUGUAAGGUAGGGGACUCCUACAUCGUCAAACACCCCAAGUUAGCACCCCCGUCAGCCCAGCAACGGGAAGCAUAUAACGAAAUGCAACUGGAGAUGAUCGGAAUUGAACGCCAGAUAUAUGAACGACUGGGUCAGCAUGACAGCAUCAUCCAGUACCACGGCCCUUUGGACGACUCUGGGGCGAUCAAACUAGCCUAUGCAAAACAAGGCGACCUUGAAGACUACAUACCAAGGAACAAGAUGCCGUCCAAAGCAGUACGGAUAGCCUGGAUCCGAUCUCUAAUGUCUGGAUUUCAUCACAUCUACUCUAGCAAAGUGCUUCAUUAUGACAUCAAGCCAAACAACAUCCUCAUUCACGAGGGUUCAGUCAAGAUCACUGAUUUUGGCAACGGCCUGAUCUUCCCUCUUGACACGGACAUGGAGAAGGUCUACACGGAAGACCCGCAUGCGAAAGUAGACUUGUCAGGAAUCGGUUGUGUGGUCUAUUCAAUUUCUGCAUGGAGGGUGUUCCAUUAUGAAUAUUUUGAAGAGGACCGUUUCCCGCGUCCGGAUGAAGUUCCUGAUACUGAGGCGCUGGUGUACCGUGAAAUCAUCGACAAAUGCUGGAGAAACGAAUAUUAUUCUAUCCGGUCCCUAUAUGAGGAUUUCCAGAAACAUGAGAAGGAGAUUAUCAUUCCGGACCUGGAAAAGGAUGGAAAACUACGGAUGGAGUUCAUGUUGUGGUUCUGUGCCGUUCCGUCUCUCUUGUUUCUCUCGGGCCAGUUUCUCGCAGACUUUCGUUGA